AUGUCAUUCAAUGAGCUCCGUGGCCGUCUGGCCCUCAUCACCGGCGCUUCGGGAGGAAUCGGAUCAGCCUGUGCAGACCAACUCGCACAACAUGGCGUCCACCUCGCGCUAACCUACUCAACGAACCUCGACGCCAUGAACGCGGUCGUAAAAGACUUGCAAUCCAAAUACGCAGAGCAAAAGCUGCGCAUCUCCAUCCACCAAGUCGACGUCGGAUCCGCCGACCAGAUUGAAUCCAUGUUCCAACAAAUCGACAAAGAGCACGGCCAGCGACCGGAUAUUCUCGUCUCCAAUGCUGGAUACGGCAAGCGCUUCCCAAACGUGUGGGAUAUUACCCUCGAGGAAUUCGACUACACGUUGAACAUUAACCUUCGCGCUUCGUUCAUCCUUGUUAAGGGUGUCGUGGAGCAUAUGAAGGCCCAGCGUUGGGGUCGUAUUGUGUUUAUGUCCUCGAUUGCUGCGCAAGGAGGAGGUAUUAAUGGCUGUCGUGAGUCUUACCCCAUCGCCGUCCUCCAUUCAGCUUGGCUCUGUUCAAUUCUAACCGCCUCUUCUUUAAAAGACUACGCCGCAUCCAAGGGCGGCCUCACCGGUAUGAUGAAGAAUUUAUCCACCCGCCUUGCCGAGUUCAACAUUAGCGUCAACGACGUUGCCCCCGCUAUGAUCGGUGACACGGGUAUGAUCCCUAAUGCGGCGGCCAUUCCUGAAGUUGCGGCUGGUAUCCCGCUUCAAAGGCUGGGGACACCGGAGGAGACGGCUAAUGUUGUUACUAUGUUGUGUAAGACGGGGUAUAUGACUGGCCAGAGUCUUCUACUGGCUGGAGGAUUGAAAUAG